CUCUCUCUCUCUCUCUCUAUCUCUCUGCAAAACCCUACUUCAACCCUUGAUCGCUCCAUCUCCAAUUCGGAGAACCCGAGAAAGGGAAUCGAAAUGUCGUCGAUCUUCGUUCGAUCUGGAGUUGCCUCAUUCCUCUCGAAGCGCAGUCGGCGAUUCCUCAGCUCCGAUGCCUCCUCAAUUCAUACCCAGAAGGAGUCCAUAGUCGCCUCCCAGACCCUCAUUUCCGAUCAACCGCCGCCCCCGCAGGAGCCGGCGCCGCCUUCCGCGGAGAAAAAGCCGUGGGGCUUUCUCAAGUACAGCCUCGUCGCGGCCCUCACCGGCGUCACCGCCGCUGCCGGCUACACCACUUACGCGUACUCUUUGGAGGAAAUAGACGAGAAAACAAAGGCAUUUCGAAGUUCGAUCAAUUACGAUACGAAAGACUCUGAUUCUGCAGUUGAUAAGUUCCAAGGGUUACUUUACUCUGCUGCUAUGACAGUACCUGCCAAAGCUAUCGAGCUUUAUUUGGAUCUGAGAAAGGUAAUUGAAGACCAAAUUCAAGGUUAUACGGAACCAACAUCAGAUAAGCUUCUUCCGGAUUUGCAUCCGAUGGAGCAGCAUGUUUUCACACUUGUUCUAGAUUUAAAUGAGACACUGGUUUUCUCUGAUUGGAAGCGUGACAGAGGCUGGAGAACAUUCAAAAGACCUGGUGUAGAUGCCUUCUUGGAACAUCUGGGGAAAUUCUAUGAAAUUGUCAUCUACUCGGACCAGUUGCAGAUGUAUGUCGAUCCUGUUGUUGAAAGGUUGGAUGGGAAACAGUGCAUACGCUAUAGGCUGUCCAGAGGUGCAACUAAGUAUCAGGAUGGGAAGCACUAUAGAGAUCUUUCAAAGCUUAAUAGAAAUCCUGGAAAAGUCAUUUAUGUCAGUGGCCAUGCACGAGAAUCAUGUCUUCAGCCUGAAAACUGUGUUGAAAUUAAACCUUGGAAGCUCGAAACAGACGACACAACACUUUUGGAUCUUAUUCCUUUUCUCGAAUUUGUUGCCAGUAGACAACCGACAGAUAUUAGACCAGUGCUAGCAUCUUAUGAAGGGACUGAUAUUCCCCAGGAGUUCAUCAAGCGUUCUCAUGAGCAUCAAAGACGAAUGCAGGAACAGAGACAAACCAGAAGCUUGUGGCGGCGUUAAGGGUCCCAAACGCCGUCGGGAAGAUGACAGUUUUCCGGUUUAAAGUACUGCCAUUAUAAAACUAGAUCAGUGUGAAAGGCGUCAUCGUAGAGGUUGACAUACCGAUUUUUCCUUUGCAACUUGCAACUCGACAGCGAUUUCUUCUGGAAGAUUUUGACUUCUCAAAACAAGCAUGAUUUAGAAAACUGACUAGGCAAUUUGUAAUCUGUCUUGUAUUGAUAUUUUUGCAGUCAGUCAGGCGUUUUGCUUCACUCUUGUUCACCCAAUUUUGCUUACUGAUGUUGCCAUUGCGCCAUGGAUAGUCCAUAUGCAUUCUGCAGUGAUUAGGAUGAGAUCCAGAGGAUUAUCCUUGGCCUACCUAUAUUCAUGAAUAAUUGUGUCGAGUCAGCUUAGUUUUAUGGAAGUCGCUUGUUAUUAUGUUCA